AUGCCUCGCAGCCGAAAAAGUGUUCCGCUUGCGACCCUGACCUUAGCUUGUGCCGUGACGUUAUUCGGUCAGGUGCAGACGCAAGACGUGGGGAGCUUCCUAGCAGGUUUAUUAGGUGCUGCAGAAGUUCCUAAAAAUGAGUCUCUUAGCGAGCAAAAUCAAAUACCAUGUCCAGGAGAAUGUGUACAUGCGUUCACAUCUAUACUUUGCAGCAAAGUUAUUGAACAGUUCAACUGUGGAGCUUCUUACUUGAGGUGCUGCGUCAACAGUGACUUUAACUUCGGAACUGUAGUUGAAACUUCAGCUCCACUGCCUGAAGAAUCACUAACUGAAACUACAUCCGAGUCAUCCGAGUAUGAUUUAUAUUUACUCACAACUGAAUCAAAUAAUGGCGUCACUGUCAAAAAUGAUGGUACGACAAAAACUGAUCAGAAUACUUCUCUUAAACCUUCUCUUAGCCAAGCAUCCUCUUCUCCAAAGUCUACAGUAACUCCUCCUUCAACUACAACAAACAAACCCAUUCCAUGUCCUGGUAUAUGUGUUGAGAACAUUUUUGUUCGAUACUGUGGAAGUACAAUUCCAUAUGGCAUUUGUGACGCAGGUGCAACUUGUUGUGCUUCGAGUCAGGAUGACGACGAGCCACAAGAAAUUUCAACGACAACAGUCCCAAGUAAUGCUGUUACACCACCGAAAAUUACAGAAAAGGGAUCUACACAUCGUUAUCCACCCACCAAUGCUCAAACUACUCCAGCAACCUUACCAGGACCGCCAUGUCCAGGUUCAUGUGUAGCACCCUUAUUUAGUCUUCUAUGCGAUGCUGUUAAUGACGACUUUUAUUGUGCUAAUGAUGGUAGGUGUUGCAUCAGCAAUGAGGAAUUCACUACAGCUCCUACCACAACAAUCACAACCUACCCUCAAACACCAUUCAUUUGUCCAGGUGCGUGCAUUCCUAUCUUCUUACGUGGAAUGUGCAAUCGGCCAUCUGAAAUCAUCACGCAAGCUGAUUGUGAGCCGGACUUUGUGUGCUGUUUUCAGCCUGAUGUGAAAGAUCAUAUGCAUAUUGAACCACCGCAAAUUCCUUUAUUGAGACCGGGUGCAAACCACCCAAAUUAUCGCCCCGUCCAAGCAGCGCCACAAGGUGGUAUACCACCCAUUCGACAACCACCAAUUCCUCAUCCAUAUCCGCAACGACCGCACAUUCCAAUACAAUCAAAUCCGUAUCCAUCUAAUAUUAAUACAAAUGUUUACAAUCAACCUAAUAAUAACCAAGUUUAUGUAGGAAGACCAGGAUAUUCAGUAGCACCUCAAAUACAACCGGGUCAAGGUCAUUUGCAAGAAGCACCAUCAAUAAUAAAACUUACCCAUCCACAAAGCGUUAAUUACCCUGGACAGCCUUACCAACAUCAGAGCUUUGUGCAAGCAAAGCCAAAUACUUCUUUAGAACUUCAACCAAUAAGGUUGACGGUAUUAGCACCGCAUAAUCCCCCUGUUUCAUCAGUAGAGGAUCUCGAAAACGACAGAAGGCGUCCUGAUAUCAUUUUGCCACACUCACAGUAUCCACAUCAUACCCCUGAUGGGGUUCAACUGACAGCUAUUAAUCCCAAUCCUCAUCAUACGUUACAUGCCUCAGCAGAAAAACCAAGCGAUCAUCAAACCCAAAAGAACCAGCAGAAUACAAUAAAUAGAUUUGUUAGUACAAGUAUUGGGUUCACCCCAGAUACCUUGCGACCCAUUACAUUAAACAAACCAAUUAAACCCCCAACUAUGGAAAAAUUCCACCCACCAGCAUCCCAAGAGUUUUCACAACCACAUUUCUCUCGAAAUGCAUCCACAGUAGUGGUAGUACACAUGAACAAACCUAAGGACCACAGUGGCGUUGUUCAUGAUUUAUCGGUAAUAAAAGAUCCUCAGCCAACUCAGACUGUUCCAAUUCACGAUUCAUUUAGACCGUUACCAAAUCAAGUUCACCAAGUCACCUUUAAACCUACAAGACCCUCUGACAAAAAGCCUAUAACACCUGUUUCUGUGUUUACUCCACCUGAAGCAACACCUAUACCAGCUCCUCAAAAUACUGGGGAUUUUCAUUCCAAAGUAAAUGCCUCACAGGUGGACGGAGCAAUUGUUGAGCAGAAAAAAAACAGGCCUGCUUGUCCUGGAUCAUGCAUACAGUCUUUUCUGAGGUUCACAUGUUUCGGGAAUAGUGCUAUUUAUGACGGUUUUGCGUGUGCAGAAGAAGGGACUAUGUGUUGCACUUCGGUUGAACACAUUGAAAAGUUUGAAGAACACUUGAAGACUGGUAAACCAUUAGUGCUGGUGAAACCCGAAUCUGAUCUGAAAGACGAUUCGCCUGAUACUGGUAGAAGACCUGGAAUGUAUGUUUGUGGUAUAAAAGGAAACCAGAGGCGAAAAACAGCUCGGAUAGUUGGCGGAAAAACUUCAGCACCUGGUGAAUGGUGCUGGCAGGUUGCCUUAAUAAAUACUAAAAAUCAAUAUUUAUGUGGAGGAGCUUUGAUUGGUAGCAGAUGGGUCCUAACCGCAGCUCACUGUAUAACGGGGUUGGUGCGAAAUGGCGACCCGAUCUAUGUGCGAGUCGGGGAUUUUGACUUGUCCAGUCCGGUGGGCAGCCCUGGAGCGCAGACCCAGAAAGCAUCCACGACGUACAUCCACCACAAUCACCACGGUCAGACGCUGGACAACGACGUAGCACUCUUGCGUCUAGAAAAUCCUGUCAAGCUCGGAGACAGCGUCUGUCUCGUCUGUUUGCCCGCCAGGGGAGCAGAAAGCACGCCAGGAAAACGGUGCACUGUUACCGGAUAUGGAUACAUGAGUGAAUCGGGUCCAAUUGCUCUGAAGAUUCGCCAAGCAGAGUUACCCAUCGUGGAAGAGCAACUUUGUACCGAGCAGAUUAACCGUGUGACAGAGAAGCGGUUCAUCCUCCCCGCGGGCAGCUUCUGUGCGGGUGGUGAAUCAGGGAACGAUGCCUGCCAGGGUGAUGGGGGUGGACCCCUGACUUGUGAGAAUGAAGGCUACUAUGAGUUGACAGGACUGGUGUCCUGGGGCUUCGGCUGCGGGAAGCAGGACGUUCCUGGUGUCUACGUCAAAGUCUCUUCCUACAUCGGAUGGAUUAACCAGAUUAUCAGCGUCAACAACUAAUCCUUUUAUUCCGUUCAUCCCUUCGACUGUAUAUACUUACAUCACGUCACUUUAAAGUCAAACAUAACUUUCUAUAAACAUACAGUAAAACUUGUGAAGUUGAACACCCUUGUAAGUUGACCACCUUUCUAAGUAGACCGCUUUUUUCAGGCACGGAAUUGGC